CCUUUGAUUCUAAUGACAUUAGUCGUCCGUAAAGAGGCUCAAACGAAGCGGUGUCUAUCAAGAAUGACGGCGCCCAUUCAAAAUAAGGAAGCCAAAUCUUCUUUCAAAUACCGCAAUUCACAUAGCACAAGUAAGGUCAACUCUCUUGGGACUGCAGUUAAUCCGGUUGGCGGCAGAACAUUAGCCAUCCUUUCGACGGGGAGAGUUUCUUAGUUGCGUUCCACCGUGAAAUGAGAAGGAAUACACAUUCCUCGUCAUUUGCGAGUCGCCAAAGGUGUAGUUACAGUUUAUGUUUUCGUGAAGACAGAGCGUCUGUUGGACUUGUUUGAAGUGAUAAACGUCGUUGACAAUGCUGACAAUGCUUUUCGGGGGAAGUCAGUAUCUUUGUCCCCACAGCAAAUUGUAGGCCAAGAUUUCUGCGGUGGUGAGAACAUCGUGUGCAACAACACUUGCUUCAAGCACCCCUAAGCUCAACAAUAGCGACGAAACGUCACGGCUAUUUUGUGGCGACGCAAAUAUCUGAAAAAUAGGUCUUUUUCAUAGUUUUGUACCGUCGUCGGCCUUUGAGUGAGCACUAAAAAACAGUUGCCGAGUUCGCUUCUCACUCUGGCCUCGAUUGAUCAUUCGCCUGUCGAGAUCGUCGCCAUAUUCUUUGCCUUCCAUUGGACGAUCAAGUUCACGGAGCUCCUCCCGACGAAGCCUACUAGCUAGAUCGUCGUGCUGGUGUUGAGAGGACGCCAGCUCUCAAGCUCCCCUCUCCCUUCCCUUGGUCUGUCCAGUACAAGAGAGGACCUGCGCCUUGCAGGGAAGAACACUUCAAGGAUCUGUGCUAGGUUAUUUGGCUUGAGGCUGGCGGAACCGUGGCCACUGGCGACUGGCGACUCGAGGCUAGAAUAGCAGCCGGCAAGAGAUCACACAACGAGUCAAGCCCGGCUUGAGCUGCCGUAAAAGAAGCAGAAAUUGUUCGGGAACGCGUUCGAAACCGCUCGGAAAGUGCUCGGAACAAACCAUUGAGAAAGUUAGUAUGUCGAACGGGUCAACGCCGAGCACAAGUCUGUUGAGAGAAUCGGCUUCAAACACGCGGAGGACACGGAUAGUGCGAGCGAAUCGAGAAAUAACACUACUCUCACGUGCAUGGCAUUGCCCGUAAUAGCAAUGGCGACGGCCAAGGCUCCUUGCAGGUGGAGCUGGUGGAUGCUUUCGGGACGGUUUUUUGUGAGUGGGGUGGCUCUGUUUGUGUGUCGUCAGUCCCUUGUUCUUUACCCAUGCUUGUGAUGAAAGAGCUUAUGCCUGUUCUUGCUCAUCAUCGUCAUCGUCAUCAUCAUCAUCAUCAUCAUCCAACCCAUUCUUGAGGCUCUGUCCAUUGGUAGCGCGACUAGGCGAGUCCCAGUGGCAAGUCGUGAGUGGCCGUUCGUUCCUCCCAGGCCUGCUGUACUGGCCUUUGUGCUUGUGCCACCAGCCUCUCUCGGCCGGCGCCUAGACGACGACGACGGAGACGACGACGAAGACUUCGAGGACGGACGACCACGAGGAAUACGAUCGGAGAUACGGACUACUCUUGAUUCUUUAGCACAAGCCUGCUUGCUUGUAUGUGAGUGAGAACUCUAAAGCCAUCCAUCUCUCUUGGCGGGAAUCGUCGUCAGUGAUAUCAUCAUGGUUGUUGUGUAAACAAGAUGAAAAUUCAAGAUUAUUCCGAUGUCAUCACAGAGGAAUUAGUGCCCUGAAACACGAGAUUCAAUUCCUCAUUAGGUUAUCUUUUGCUCCCUCCGUUUCGUUGUUAUCAAACCAAGUGAGCUGAGCCCCUCGGCCUCCUGAUUGGGCGUUGGGGCGACAAGUUGGUUGCCACCAGUCUUGGUUUCGAGCUGGUUUCUUCUCAUGUGCAAACUGAGUUGUGCUUCUUUCUGUGAUAAGCCUCAACAGAUUAUGAAUUCGAAUGCCGCAGCUGCUGCAAUGUUUGGUAUGUGCAAUUCCGCUUCUCCAGGCCCAGAGCUCUACCAUCAUCAUCACCACCACCAUCAUCCACAACAUCAUUUGACUCACGGUCAUGGCCACGGGCACGGGGUUGGUGGUGGAGGAGGAGGGGGAGGCGGCGGAGGGGGAGGUGGUAGCAGUCACACUCAUCACUACAGUAAUACCUCAACGCCCGACUUUUGUGGCACGAAUGGCUCGAAUGUGGGCCAGAGUAUAUCCACAGCAUCUCAACAAUCGCCAAAUAAUGAUAACCAAGGAUCCCCCAUUCAUAACCAAAAUGUGGCUGUCUCGUACAAUAUGAGCCAAUCUCAAGCCCAAAGUGACGUGAUCCGUGCUUCCCCGGGGGUGGAAGCCAAAUAUGAACAACAAUCCCAACACAUACCCUCAUCCUCUCAUUCGCCUAGUGCAAUCAUCUCGGAUAAUGGCCUCCAAUAUGCGAAUCUGGAUGGCGCUGCCGCAGCUGCCGCCGCCGCAGCUGCUGGUUACGGUUCAUAUCAUCAUUUGAGUGCGGGUGGGGGCGGUGGAUAUUAUGGUGGUGUGGGCAACGGCGGUGGAAACAGUGGCGGUGGGGUUGAUCCAACUCAGUUGGGCGGUGAUAAUGGCCUCCCGCAGUUUAGUGCUUACCUUGACGGACCCAAUGCUUAUGCCGCUGGGCAAUAUCCCUCAUCUGCGGCACUUUAUCAGCACCACGCAGCAUUAAAAUCCAUGCGAGCCUCGGCCGCUGCGGCGGCGGCUCACGAUUUCAAUGUGUCCUCACCGUAUCCGCACGAUUUCCCUGCCAAACCUCCUGCACCCGCUGUUCCUACUUAUAAGUGGAUGCAAGUCAAGCGAAAUGUUCCCAAACCAGUUCCAGGAUGGGAUGACCGGACAUUAGGUGCGGAGUCGUUUUCUGGCCACCGCUUGGACCACACCCCUGGGUCAUUUUCUGGCCUCAAGUCGUCAUCUCAACGAGCUCUAUUUGCACGUACUGAUGCAGUUCCUAAACCUGAAUAUUCAAUGUAUGGAAGUCAGAACCAAGCCGGAGGAUUGAAUAAUACGGGUCGUACCAACUUUACCACAAAACAACUGACCGAGUUGGAGAAAGAGUUCCAUUUCAACAAGUACCUGACCCGCGCCAGACGAAUUGAGAUUGCCGGAGCGCUCCAAUUGAACGAAACGCAGGUCAAGAUCUGGUUCCAAAAUCGACGCAUGAAGCAAAAGAAACGGAUGAAGGAGGGUCUGAUUCCCCAAGACCCGACUUUGGUGGGAGAGGCUGGCUCACCACUUUCGCAGAUCAAUAACGAUAGUAACAGUAGUGGGGGACCGCCCAAGAGCGAAUCGCCCAAUAAUAACGCAUGACACCAAGAUUACGACCCCGGCGUGGUCCGCGAUUGAACUUGAAGAAGACUUGUGAUCGAUGGUUGAUGGUACACGCGGGGCACAUGGGUGGAACUCGUUGAAACUCAAUUAUCCUGAACAAAAUAUGGUUACAAAUAUAGUUGCAACUGCGAUUACUUUAAAAUGGUGUUCUUUUCUAUCCCUGCCCUGUUUCCUGGAUCUCCAUGGGCCCUCUACCAUGCUGCCCUAGUCCCAUUACUACUCCCAUGAAGUAGACCGACAGAGUUCUUGAAGACCCAUCAUGUUCUCAAGUGCUAUAUGUCUUCGUUGCCGUCGUCGUCGUCGUUGUCGGCAGCAUUCUCAUCCACAUCAUCAUCAUCAUCCACAUCCACAUUCUGAACUCAACAAGAUUGGCCGGCUAUGAAAAUUGACAGAAAGUGCCGUGUUGUUUGCCAAGAGAAAGUGCUCCCUAUCAUCCUCAUCCAUCUCUCUAUCGUUGAACAUGAGCUGUCCAGAGGCUGCAUCAAACUGGAAACCGUAUUUUUGUUUAUCUCUGUACGCAGAUUUGUGAUGACUUGUGUUAGGUAGCACUGUUGGUUGUUUGGUUGGUUGUUUGGUUGGUUGGUUGAGAACCCUUUAAGAACAGGAAAUCCCAUUGUCAUUCUCUCGCUCGUGGAACAACCACUCCACCAGAGCAUUAUCAACAGCAUCAACAGCAUCAACAGCAUCAACAGCAUCAACAGCGACAUCAGUAUCAUCAUCCACCUCUCAACCCAUGUCAUACAAAUUGAGGCACAAUGUUAAAUGUAAUAUCAAUGAGGAAAUAUAUCC